ACAAAUAUGGCGGUGUAGCAACAAGACGCUUUCUCAAGGCAAAAUUUUAUAAUUUUGUUUCUGAAACUGCUUUUAUUACAUGAUACAAAAAGUCCAAUCUUUUGACGUCUAGUUACUAAUGAAAAUAUGAAAUUUAUUUGAUAGAAAUAUUUUUUCACAGGAGGACGAUUUAUAUAAGAAAGAAGCAGGACAGGUGCCCUUAAAAUUUUCAUCUUGAGGUAGUGCAGAAGACUGAGAAAUGUCAGCUAAACAACAAACUGCCAUUUCGAAAGUGAUGGCAGUAAUGCAGGAAUGGGACAAAGGGAGCAAGACAACUCGUAAAAAGAUUUUACAAGAUUUUAUAGCCCAAAAUCAAAAUAAGACUGGUCCAGAAUUGGAACAGGAAUUUGCUCAAGCAGCCAGUCUUUUUCUUACUCGUUUAACAGCUUGGCUUAGGUUAACAUACAUGAUUGGCACCAGUUUGAAUGAGCAACUGAGAGCAAUUUCUAUAUUCUUGUCGGCUUCAAGUGGCCACAAGUUUAUGGCAGAAUUUCUAGAAGUGGGUGGUGUUCUAACUCUGUUGGAAAUUAUAGGACUGAAACAAGCCAAAGAAGAGGAUAAAAGUGAAGCUCUGAAAAACAUCCACUUCAUCGCUAAUGCUGGCAGGAAAUACAAGGAACUAAUUUGUGAAAGCUACGGUAUAAGAGCUAUCGCAGAGUGUUUAGCGAAGUCCAAAUCUGAGGAGACGCAGGAUGCAUGCCGGAACUUGUUGCUGAUGCUUGCACAGGGUAAUCCCAAGUUUGAGGUUCAAGUGUAUAAAGGGCUUAUUGCUCUUCUCCCUUGCAGUUCACCUAAAGCACAACAGAUGGCAGCACAGUCACUUAGAGUUGUACAACCUAUUGUGAAGAAUGCUAAUCCAUCCAUUAUAGAACCACUCCUAAAUCUGCUGAAAACACUACAUCUCGAAGUUCAGUUUGAAGCGAUUGAGUUGAUUAAAGAAUUAAUGGAUUAUGAAGUUGGUCAGAUUUUACUGAGUGGCCUUGUUGGUGCAUUAAGGCCUGCUAAAGAAGAUAUUAUACAGAAACCAGAUCUUCUAGAAGAUGCAGAUGUUCCCAAAAUGAAUGCACCGCUGCCUGUAUUUGUGCAGCAAGCUGCGGCAGCAAAAACAAUAGGAAUCUUGGCUAGAGAAUCAAAUGAGUUGGCAGAGAAGCUGAUACAGUUAAGAGUUGUUCACAAUUUGUGUUAUGCCAUGGGUAACAUGGAUUAUGCAGAUAGUCAGAGACAGGCCAGUAUAUCUCUAGAGUAUUUGUGUAGAACAUUCCCUAUUGUUGAUGAUCAUGUAAGAGAUGCCAUGGGAGAUAACCUCUAUGAUCUGUUUAUGUCGAAUCCAGAAACACUGUACUUAAACAUGAAUCAUGUACAGGCGGAUGUCCUUGUCUCUAACAAACUCAAUAUUCCUAAAUUGGUAGAAAAAGUAGAAUGAACAGGACAGGAGUCACCAGUCUGCCAUCAGAAUAGCAACAUAUCAGAAGCAAGCAACAGAAAAUAUGCUACUAAAAUCCAGUGACAGAAAUAAACAAAACCGACAGAAACUGUCAGAUUGUAAAACACUAUGAUAGUACAGAUACUGUGCUGUACAUUACUUUCUUUGACUUUGAAGAUCAAUGAUUUUGUCCAAAAAGGAGAUUUUUUACUUACAUUUUAGUAAAAGGAAAAUCACCACAUGAAUGUUGUAGAUGGUAAUUAUGUUGACAUUAUUGAAACAUGUUACAAGUCCAGAAAUACCCUUAUCUGUCUAUAGUCUGUACCAUAUAGCUUAACAUUCUUUUCAUGUAAAACACUGAAUUUUAGGCUGUCAUUGCAUUUCAUUCAUUUGUUUGUUCUAGGAAAGACAAGACACGGAGACAUUGACUUUUUAUACGCCCAAAGGGACGUAUUAUGUUAUACCCCUGGUGUCUGUCUUUCCAUCCGUCUGUUAGCAAUUUCGUGUCCGCUCUGUAACUCUUGAACCCCUUGCAGGAUUUCAAAGAAACUUGACAUAAAUGCUCACCACACCGAGACAACGUGCAGAGCACAUGUUUUGGAUGUCUCGCUUCAAAGUCAAGGACACACUUAGGGGUCAAAGGUCAUAUCAGUUUGUUUUGUGUCUGCUCUGUAACUCUUGAACUGCUUGAAGGAUUUCAAAGACACUUGGUACAAAUGUUCACCACACCAAGGCAACAUGCAGAGCGCAUGUUUCGGAUGACUGGCUUCAAGGUCAAGGUCACACUUAGGAGUCAAAUGUCAUAUAUGACUUUGCUUUGUGCAUAUUGCUCUGCAUUGCAGUGCUCAUGUUUUUAUUUGGCAGAUUCCUGUUUUGUUCACUUGCAAUAAUUUUUUUUUGAAUCACUUCCCUUUUAUGUUACUAUAAAUAGCUUAUUUUGAAACUUUUUUAUUAUUUGCCGUAGGGAAAAACCGAGACCAUUUUUCAGUGGUACAACAUGGAUGGUACCUCCGAUUUUUAGGUGUUUUUUGACAUACCUGUACCUGGUAAAGAUUUUUUUGUGGACUUUGAAUUUUUUUCAGAAUUUCUUCCCUUUGUUGUUCCUGUCCUUUGGGCUUCAACAGUCAAGUUUUUUAAAUUUUGCUCCCAUCCUCUGAUGUAACCUUUCAGUCGUAUAUUGCCCCACUUGGCAGAGCUCUUGUUUUCCAUGUUUGUAUUAUUAUAAACAAGAUGUUUCAGUUCAUGUCUAUUAUUAUUAUUUAUAUACCAUUAGUGUUGCUUUGCCAAGAUAAUGCAAAAAGUAGUGUCAGCUUUUGCUGCUUAAAAUGGUUAAUCAGUUUUAAUAAAUACUGUCAAAUAUGUUUUAAAAUCUGAGCAGUGUUUUUAAAAUUUCCAGAACAUAAAUAUUUGAUAACUCAAUACUUCAGACUGGCUAGUAAACAUUAAAGUAACAAAUUUUGACCCAGUAAACAAUGUGGCAAAUUUUUGAAGCAUGGUUUGCUCUGGUUAGGAAUCGGAGAAUAAAUUUGUUAAAUAGUGACUAUUUAUAAGAGAAGUUUGCAUCAUAUAUGAUAGUGAAAUUAGAGUUUCUCUGUGGGUGUCUUAUUUUGUUGAUUUUGAAUCAAUGUGGAUUUGGAUUCUACCAUGUUGGAAUUCUUUCUUUAGGAAGCCAUCCCUCUGGCAGAAUAUCAGUGGCUGAUUCAGUUGUCUGCCCUUGCCUGAAGUAAUGCCUGAAGAUUUACCUCAGUGAUCUCAGUACCAGUAAAGUAAACUAUACCACACAUUAGUUAGCUGAUUUUAUGUCAGUUACACUGGCCUCAUUGUCAAGUUGGAUCUUUAAUGGAUUACAAGAAAGAAUGAUGAGCUGAGGGAUUUUUUUUUUCCCUAUAAAUGUUUUUCUGUCACCGUCAGUUGUUGGAAUACUGUCUUAUAAAAAAGUAUUUAUCUAAACACAUAUGGUGAUACGGUUUAUGUUAUUUGAUGACAUGUGUCCAAUUAUAAUCUGUGAUAAUUUGUAUUUUUUGUCUGUAAAUUCUUUAAUAAAAUGUUUGACAUGCA